UUUCUUGCUGAGAAUAUCGGGUCGGCCGGCAGUGAAACUGCGCAUGUCUUGUCCGCUGUGUCCUCAGGAAGCAUGGCGGCGUACAGGAGUUCGGGAGUGCUGCGUACCCUUCCUCCGCUGCUCGCGGCUCUAAGAGGUCCUACAUGCAGUUAUCAUGCAGCUGUGCUCAGCAGGCCUCGCUUCAACACUGUGGUUAUGAGGACAUUACCACAAGCACCAACAUCCAUGUUUGUGAGGAACAUGUUCAUUCAGACUCAGGACACUCCAAACCCGAACAGUCUGAAGUUUCUCCCCGGCCGCAUCGUGCUGGAGUCGGGGACGAUGGACUUCGCCUCGGCCAGAGAUGCCUUCUGCUCCCCACUGGCCAGGCAGUUGUUCAGAAUUGAUGGAGUCAAAGGGGUCUUCCUGGGUCCAGAUUUCAUAACCAUCACGAAGACUAACUCGGAUGCAGAGUGGAAGGUGAUCAAGCCGGAUGUAUUUGCUACCAUUAUGGAUUUCUUCACGUCUGGACUUCCUGUUGUUUCUGAGGAUGCAGUUCCUAGUGCAGACACCGCCCCCUCAGAUGAUGAUGAUGAAGUCGUGUCUAUGAUCAAAGAGUUGCUAGACACACGGAUUAGACCCACAGUGCAGGAGGAUGGUGGGGAUGUGCUGUAUCGCGGGUUUGAGGAUGGUAUUGUGAAGCUGAAGCUCCAGGGCUCGUGCACCAGCUGCCCCAGCUCCAUCGUCACUUUAAAGAAUGGCAUCCAAAACAUGCUGCAAUUCUACGUCCCUGAAGUGGAGGGUGUGGAGCAGGUGAAGGAGGAGGUUGAGGAUGUGGAACAGGAAGCCCAGAGAUGAGUGUUAGCCAGAAGGAGUAUUUCAUCUGGACUACAUUCCAGUCUCCUACAGUUCCCAGCAGCCACUUCUCUCACCACAAUCUAACUAAGUCAGAGGAGGACUAAAACUCAAUUUUGCCAUGUUUAGUUUAUUUUGACUAUUUUGAGGGGGGGUGUAAUAAAGCCAAAUAGAUAUUGUCACUGUCACAAACAAAUCUUGUGUAUCUAAAGCUCUACACUGACGGGAUUCGUUUCUCAAAGUGACGUCCAUGACAAAUAUUUACACUUCUACUCAGUGUUAAAACUUUUGCAUCUGGACUGCAAUUGAAAAAAAACAGGAGGACCAGUGAGGGUUUUUUAGGCUUUGUCACAUUGUGUGUUCAGUAGCUUCUCCAUUUCCACUCGCUGUUGUGCCCAAUGUGUAAUCACGGUGCAUAGCAGUGGACAAAUAUCUGUUUUAUUAAACGCCAGGUGAUGAAGCUCAAUGUUUGUCUGGAUGAGAUUAGGGCUGACAGUUGUUCCUUACAUUGUAUUGGAAUUUCACAGUGAAUGGUUCUGUAGAAAUUCCCCAAAUUGAUUUGGAAUAAAAUCGUUUUACACUGACUUUUAUUACAAUUUAUAAAGGGUUUUCCUUCUCCUGUAAAAUUUCUGAAGAAUGUGACGACAGUGACAGUAUGCUCAGGGGAUCCGUGCUUUUUUAGAUAAUUGCAUCUAAAUCUUAAAAGAAAAUUGUGUGACAUGCGUCAUUGCUCAAUGCAAGUUUUUUUUUCCUGUCAUUAUACUGUAUUAGGUAUAUGUAUAUUUAAGUUGGGUGAAUGCAUCUUGUUUAAUGGUAAUAUUCUGCUCUCCUGAUAUUUAUAAUGCUUUCAGUGUUCCACCUAAUAUUACCCAACCCUGCAGUAACUCGAGACGCACAAAAAUAACAGUGGAUAUGGCCUGUCCACAUGUAUAUUUGUUUUUAAUUCAAUGUACAGAUGUAGAAAAUGUGUGUAUUAAGAGCAAUAAUAAAAUUGACAA